AUGGCAGAUCCAAGUUUCUUUGUUGGAAUCAUAGGAAACAUCAUCUCAAUUCUCAUGUUUCUUUCUCCGGUACCAACAUUUUGGAGAAUAAUAAAGCAUAGAUCGACAGAAGAUUUCUCCAGUUUUCCUUACAUAUGCACAUUGCUUAAUUCCUCAUUAUGGACUUACUAUGGAACCAUUAAAGCUGGAGAAUAUCUUGUGGCCACUGUUAAUGGCUUUGGCAUCUUGGUGGAGACUAUCUAUAUUCUUCUUUUUCUCAUUUAUGCACCACAAAAAAUGAGGGUUAAGACUGCAAUUUUGGUUGGAAUUUUGGAUGUGGGAGUGUUAGGAGCAGCAGUAGUUGCAACUCAAUUAGCAUUAGAAGGAGAGGCUCGUAGUGGUGCUGUGGGUAUCAUGGGUGCAGCUUUGAACAUUCUUAUGUAUGCUUCACCUCUUGCUGUUAUGAAAACAGUGGUGAAGACAAAAAGCGUGGAAUAUUUGCCAUUCCUUCUUUCUUUUUUCUUCUUUUUAAACGGUGGCGUUUGGUUGUUAUAUGCUGUUCUUGUUCGUGAUGUUAUUCUUGGGGUUCCAAAUGGUACAGGAUUUGUACUUGGAGCUAUGCAGUUGGUGUUGUAUGGGGUCUACAGAAAUGGAAAACAAUUGAAGCAUGUUUCACACAGAUUGGAAGAAGGAUCUCAACGUGAGCAUCUCAUCUCAUCCCCAACUCAUGAUGAGUCACAUGAUAGAGAAAACAGGCCUAUCUAG